AACUGAAUCAUUUUAUCCAUCAUUCCCACAAUGCACAGAGACUCACCAAAAUAGCACGAUUUUCAGGUAUCAUGUCGACAACCGCUCCUGCCUGAAACAUCUCUCCAUUCCACUGAAAGGAUUUCUUCAAUCACGAAGAACGUAAAUCAAUCUCAAAUGACGAAAAGCGCACUGAUGUUUUCUUAAGAUUGGAGGAAGGCUGAGUUUACCGUCAUGGCAGCGUCUGAAUUGUACACAAAGUAUGCCCGGGUCUGGAUCCCGGACUCGGAGGAAGUGUGGAAAUCGGCGGAGCUCACCAAGGACUACAAGCAGGGAGACACCACGCUUCAGCUGCAGCUAGAGGAUGGAACGGCGUUGGAACACAAAUUGGACCCAAAAACCAAGAACCUGCCCUACCUGCGGAACCCUGACAUCCUGGUGGGGGAGAACGACCUCACUGCCCUCAGUUACCUCCAUGAACCCGCUGUCCUACACAACCUGAAAGUGCGCUUCAUCGACUCCAAGCUAAUCUACACAUACUGCGGUAUUGUCUUGGUGGCCAUCAAUCCCUAUGAGACUCUACCCAUCUAUGGAACAGACAUCAUCAAUGCGUACAGUGGGCAGAACAUGGGGGACAUGGACCCUCACAUAUUUGCUGUAGCUGAGGAGGCAUACAAGCAGAUGGCCAGGGAUGAGAGAAACCAGUCCAUUAUUGUCAGUGGGGAGUCUGGCGCAGGGAAGACGGUCUCAGCCAAAUAUGCCAUGCGGUACUUUGCCACAGUCAGUGGCUCUGCCAGCGAGGCCAACGUGGAGGAGAAAGUGCUGGCUUCCAACCCCAUCAUGGAGGCUAUUGGAAAUGCAAAGACCACCAGGAAUGACAACAGCAGCAGGUUUGGGAAGUACAUCGAGAUCGGCUUCGACAAGCGAUACCGCAUCAUUGGGGCCAACAUGAGGACGUACCUGCUGGAGAAAUCCAGAGUGGUGUUUCAGGCAGAUGAAGAGAGAAACUACCAUAUCUUCUACCAGCUGUGUGCCUCUGCACAUUUGCCUGAAUUCAAAUCCCUUAAGUUAGGAAGUGCUGAUGACUUUCACUACACCAACCAGGGUCAAAGCCCUGUAAUCGAUGGCGUGGGCGAUGCCGUGGAGCUGUCCACCAGUAGACAUGCUUUCUCUCUUCUGGGGAUUAAUGAAUCCUCUCAGAUGGGCCUAUUCCAAAUUCUCGCCGCGAUCCUUCACCUUGGCAACGUGGACGUGAAAGAUCGGGACGCGGACAGCAGCAGCAUCCCGCCCAACAACAAUCACCUGACCAUCUUCUGCGACCUCAUGGGGGUGACAUAUCAGGACAUGUCCCACUGGCUGUGCCACAAGAAGCUGAAGACGGCUUCAGAGACCUACAUCAAAACCAUCCCCAAACUGCAGGCCAUCAAUGCCCGGGAUGCCCUCGCCAAACAUAUUUAUGCCAAACUCUUCAACUGGAUCGUGGACCAUGUCAAUAAGGCCUUGCAUUCCAACCAAAAACAACACUCCUUCAUCGGAGUCCUGGACAUUUACGGGUUUGAAACAUUUGAGAUCAAUAGCUUUGAACAGUUUUGCAUAAAUUAUGCUAAUGAGAAGCUCCAGCAGCAGUUUAACAUGCAUGUCUUCAAACUGGAGCAGGAGGAAUACAUGAAGGAGCAGAUCCCCUGGACACUGAUCGACUUCUAUGACAAUCAGCCCUGCAUCAAUCUGAUUGAAGCAAAAAUGGGUGUCCUGGACCUUCUGGACGAAGAGUGCAAGAUGCCCAAGGGAUCUGAUGACAGCUGGGCACAGAAGCUGUACAACACUCAUCUGAAGACCUGCACCCUUUUCGAGAAACCCCGCAUGUCCAAUAAAGCCUUCAUUAUCCAGCACUUUGCAGACAAGGUGGAAUAUCAGUGCGACGGUUUCCUGGAGAAAAACAAAGACACCGUCAAUGAGGAGCAGAUCAAUGUGCUGAAAGCGAGCAAGAAGUUUGAUCUGCUGGUGGAGCUGUUCCAGGAUGAGGAGAAGGCCACCAGCCCCACAGGUGCGCACCCUGGUGGCCGCACCAGGCUUAGCAUCAAACCAGAUAAGUCCCGGCCAGGCCAGGCCAGUAAGGAGCACAAGAAGACUGUGGGUCUGCAGUUCCGUAACUCGCUGCAGCUGCUGAUGGAGACCCUGAACGCAACCACACCGCACUAUGUACGCUGCAUCAAGCCCAACGACCUCAAGUUCCCUUUCACGUUUGACCCUAAGAGGGCUGUGCAGCAGCUCAGAGCCUGCGGUGUCCUGGAGACCAUCCGGAUCUCUGCUGCUGGCUUCCCCUCCAGGUGGACCUAUCAGGAGUUCUUCAGUCGGUACCGGGUUCUGAUGAAGCAGAAGGACGUGCUGACCGACAAGAAGCUGACCUGCAGGAAUGUACUGGAAAAGCUUGUGCAGGACCAGGACAAGUACCAGUUCGGUAAGACGAAGAUCUUCUUCCGGGCGGGGCAGGUGGCCUACCUGGAGAAGCUGCGUGCGGACAAGCUGCGGGCGGCCUGCAUCCGCAUCCAGAAGACCAUCCGCUGCUGGCUGGUCCGCAAGAAGUACCUGCGCAUGAGGAGCGCCGCCAUCAACAUCCAGAGACACGUGCGCGGCUUCCAGGCGCGAUGCUUGGCCAAGUUCCUGCGCCGGACCCGAGCGGCCAUCAUCGUGCAGAAGUACCAGCGCAUGUACGUGCAGAGGAAGCGCUACCGCCGCCAACAGGCCGCCGCGCUCAUUAUCCAGUGCAUCCUGCGGGCCUACAUGGCAAGGCAGCAGUACCAGGGGCUCCUGCGAGAACACAAGGCCGUCAUCCUGCAGAAGACGGUGCGGGGAUGGCUGGCCAGGCAGUGGUACAAGAGGUCGCUGGCCGCCAUCGUCUACCUGCAGUGCUGCGUGCGGCGCAUGCGGGCCAAGCGCGAGCUCAAGAAGCUGAAGAUCGAGGCGCGCUCCGUGGAGCACUUCAAGAAGCUCAACAUCGGCAUGGAGAACAAGAUCAUGCAGCUGCAGCGCAGGGUCGACGAGCAGAACAAAGAGAACAAGUCGCUGAGCGAGCGUCUGAACGGGCUGGAGACCUCGUACGCGGCCGAGGGCGAGAAGCUGCGCGGCGAGGUGGCCCGCCUCCGCGGGUCGCAGGAGGAGGCACGGAACAACGCCAACCGCAUCACCUCCCUGCUGGAGGAGCUGGCCCUCCUGCGCAAGGAGCUGGAGACCACCCGCAACGAGAAGCAAGUGAUCGAGGACUGGGCCGAGACCUACCGCGACGAGAUGGAGCAGAUGGUGGCAGAGCUGAAGGACCAGAACAACUUGCUGAAGAGCGAGAAGGACGAUCUGAACCGGCUCAUCCAGGAGCAGAGUCAGGAGAUGACAGAGAAAAUGCAGAAGGUCCUGCAGGAGGAAACCAAGCAGCUGGAGAACGACCUAAACGAGGAGCGCUCGCGCUACCAGAACCUUCUGUCCGAGCACCUGAGGCUGGAGGAGCGAUACGACGACCUGAAAGAGGAGAUCACCUUGACCGUGAAUGUUCCCAAGCCUGGCCACCGGCGAACCGACUCCACCCACAGCAGCAACGAAUCAGAAUGCACCUACAACUCGGAGUUCGCCGAAUCAGAGGAAAGCUCACGCGGAGGAGAGGAUGUUACCAAAGCCACGCUGGACAUGUCUCUGUUCCUCAAGCUUCAGAAGAGAGUGUCCGAACUGGAGCAAGAGAAGCAGUCUCUGCAGAAGGAGCUUGACACGAGAGAAGAGCAGUUCCAGCGAGCAAGAGCCAGGGAUGAUGAGGAACACAAGAAGGCCAGAGGGGCUGAGCUGGAGUACGAGUCUCUCAAGCGCCAGGAGCUGGAGUCUGAGAACAAGAAGCUGAAGCACGACCUGAACGAGAUGCGGCAGUCCCUGACGGAGAACGCCGGUGCCGCCAAAGCCGCUCCAGGAUCUCCCGCCUACAAGGUGCUCCUGGACCAGCUCAACUGUUCCAACGAGGAGCUGGAGGUGCGCAAGGAGGAGGUGCUGAUCCUGCGCUCCCAGCUGGUCAGUCAGAAGGAGGCCAUGCAGCACAAGGAUGAAAAGGAAACCAUGACUGACCCCGUAUCGUACAUGGAUGAUGUGCAGAAGAUGAAGGAUGCUGGGGAGAUCACGCAGGCUUUCAUAGGGCUCAAAGAGACCAACAGAUCCCCCAUUCCAAACUACCACGAGCUGAAUGAGGAUGGAGAGCUUUGGCUGGUUUAUGAAGGGUUAAAGGAGACUAACAGGCUGCUGGAGUCGCAGAUGCAGCUGCAGAGGAGGAGCCAUGAUAACGAGGUGGAGGUCCUGAGGGGGGAGCUGCAGAGCGUGAAGGAGGAGAAUAACCGGCAGCAGCAGCUCCUGGCCCAGAACCUGCAGCUGCCCCCGGAGGCACGCAUCGAGGCCAGCCUGCAGCACGAGAUCACCCGCCUCACCAACGAGAACCUGGACAUGCUCACGGAUGACCCCAGCAAAUAUCAAGAGUAUCGGCUGUUGGUUUUGCGGCGGAUGGUUGAUCUUAUGGAGCAACUGGAGAAACAGGACAAGACUGUUCGCAAACUGAAGAAGCAGCUCAAAGUCUUUGCAAAGAAGAUUGGAGAACUGGAAGUGGGGGGCCAGCUGGAGAACGUGUCCCCCGGGCAGAAUGUGGAUGAGCCCAUCCGGCCGGUGAACCUCCCGCGCAAAGAGAAGGACUUCCAGGGCAUGCUGGAGUACAAGAAGGAGGACGAGCUGAAGCUGGUGAAGAACCUCAUUCUGGAGCUGAAGCCUCGGGGUGUGGCAGUUAACUUUAUCCCCGGCCUGCCGGCCUACAUCCUCUUCAUGUGCCUGCGCCAUGCCGACUAUCUCAACGAUGACCAGAAAGUGCGAACGCUGCUCACCUCCACCAUCAACAGCAUUAAGAAGAUCCUAAAGAAACGAGGGGACGACUUUGAGACGGUCUCUUUCUGGCUCUCCAACACGUGCCGCUUCCUGCACUGCCUGAAGCAGUACAGCGGAGAGGAGGCCUUCAUGAAGCACAACACUCCCCGGCAGAACGAGCACUGCCUGUCCAACUUUGACCUGGCUGAGUACCGGCAGGUUCUGAGCGACCUGGCCAUUCAGAUCUAUCAGCAGCUCAUCAAGUGUAUGGAGAACAUCCUGCAGCCAAUGAUAGUUUCGGGAAUGCUGGAGCAUGAGACAAUCCAGGGCGUGUCGGGGGUGAAGCCCACGGGCCUGCGUAAGAGGACCUCCAGCAUCGCAGACGAGGGCACCUACACCCUGGACUCCAUCCUGCGCCAGCUCUCCUCCUUCCACUCCAUCAUGUGCCAGCACGGCACCGACCCCGAGCUCAUCAAGCAGGUGGUCAAGCAGCAGUUCUACAUCAUCGGCGCCGUCACCCUCAACAACCUGCUGCUGCGCAAGGACAUGUGCUCCUGGAGCAAAGGCAUGCAGAUCAGGUAUAACGUGAGUCAGCUGGAGGAGUGGCUGAGGGACAAGAACCUGAUGAACUGCGGGGCCAAGGAGACCCUGGAGCCCCUCAUCCAGGCCGCACAACUGCUACAGGUGAAGAAGAAGACCGACGAGGACGCAGAGGCCAUCUGCUCCAUGUGCAACGCCCUGACCACCGCACAGAUUGUGAAAGUGCUGAACUUGUACACACCAGUGAAUGAGUUUGAGGAACGGGUUUCCAUAAUGUUCAUUCGAACAAUACAGACUCGUUUACGGGACCGGAAGGAGUCGCCACAGCUGCUUAUGGACACCAAGAUCAUCUACCCCGUCACGUUCCCCUUCAACCCCUCCUCACUGGCCCUGGAGUCCAUCCACAUCCCCGGCAGUCUGAACCUGGGCUUCCUCACACGCGUGUAGAGGCAGUCUGAACCUGGGCUCCCUCACACGCGUGUAGAGGCAGUCUGAACCUGGGUUCCCUCACACGCGUGUAGAGGCAGUCUGAACCUGGGUUCCCUCACACGCGUGUAGAGGCAGUCUGAAUCUGGGCUUCCUCACACAGAGCUCUCUGUCACAGUAAUCAGUCAUUAAAGGGUGAGGAUAAAUGCAGUUGUCUUGAGUGUCCCCUUAGCAGCCAACUUUAAUCACCAAGUAGGUCCGGUGUAUUAUUUGUUAUGAGUGGUAGCGUGUGUUCAGGUUCUCUCAGUUCUUGGCCUCUUAUAGGAAUGGAUGGUACACUAAACCCAGAUUCAGUGAAGGACCACGGUCAUGUGUUUUGAUGUAUUCAUUUUCAUUUUUUUACACAUUGCUUAGCUUGGCAGUGUUCUGGCCGAUGCAUCACAAUGCUCAAUGCCUGUGCCACAAUGCUUAUAUUUUAUUAUAUAUAUUAUGUGUAAAUAUCACACAUACUCUUUUGAAUCUUACCUUGAAAAUCUCUACCUUGGAAAUUGUUUUUCCCUGAGAAAGAAACAUGCUGGGAUUGAUUGUGCUCUGAAUCAUUUCAACAACUGGAAAAGGAAAACUGGUGGCAUAUCGUGUAAUGUGUCAUAUAUUUAUGUUCGUAAGAGAUAAAAUGUGUAGAAUAAUUUAAUAAAAGGUCCGCUAGUGAACUAUUUAACAUAGAUGUUUAUUUGUUACCACAGGUAUUGUGUUUUUACUUAGCACACUUAUAGUAGAUAGCAGCUGUGUUUUGUGUAAUUUGCAUAUCCAAGAAUAUAGUACUUAUGCACUGUGGCAUAUAGAUUUCAAGUUAAAUUCUCCUAAAUAUCAAUACUGUUUACAACUCGGACUUAAGCUUGAUUAUUACAAAUGUAACUGUCCCUGUUCACAAAAUUGUGGAGUCAAGGCUUGUGGCCCAUGGUAGAGCCUGAAAUCAUUUCUGAGCUUUCAUAGUGUCUGCUGGGAUGGUCAAGGAUCUAUAACCUUAAGAUCUAGAGUACAUGCACGUGUGUGUGUGUGUGUGUGUGUGUGUGUGUGUGUGUGUGAGCGUGUGCGCUUGUGCGCUUGUGUGUACUUGUGCACAUAUUUGUGAUUUACAUUGUCACUGAUUCUGUUGGCGGUUUCCACUGUUACAUGUCUCCCCAAAGCCUAAUGCCUUACACCACCACUGUGAGGAUGGCCCCCUCACUGCCUGCAUUCUGGGCCUGCUCUACCAUGGAAUCCACUGUCUAAGCACAAACGCACACUGGAUAUUUCUCCUCGAGUUACUGACUGACUGAUUUCUCUUUAGAUGUUUUAAACAGCCUCAGUUAUUUAUUCUGUCUUUCAGAAACUGUUAAAAGAGGUGUUUCACCUGAAAACUAAAAUCACUUUGGGUGCAUGUACUGUUGAAUGAUAUUAUCAAGCAGAACUGUAUGGCUUUUUCCCCCCGUAUUUAUUUUGCUUUGUUUAGGCUCCUGGCUUUUGACAGGCUAGAUGCGUUACCUUGAACGUACAGAACCGCUUUUGUGAUGAAUGCCGUCAGCUUUUAUGCCAGCAGCACAGUCAAUGUAGAAUGAACUAAUGCUAAACUUUCUCCUUAUUCUAUAAUAUAUAUAGGAAAAAUACACAUCAUAACAAUUUAUGUAGCGGUUGCCGGAGGCUUGCUUUACAUGCUGUAUUUAUUUAGUUAGAAACAUAGCAGCUCCAUCUAAAUCAAACCCUUUUUCGCCUUUGAAUAUUACACUCAGUGAGACAUAGCUGUGAUCAUAUCUAGCGUACUAUGCAGUCAGUGAUAAACGAACCUGCAAGCUCUUAGUUUUACUGGCGACACCCACAGACAGUAAUACACAAAAACCUUUUACCCAAAGACGUGCAGUUUUGAUCAUGCUAGCUAUCCUUUUGUCUGUAAAGACUAGAAGAUAAAGUGAGCCUAUGCCAUCCCAUGCCUUAGUCAUCCUCUGGUCCCCAUGGCUUUAUGUGCGUCAUCCAUCACCCAUCUGUGCAGUAUGUUGCUCCACUUUGUAGGCAGAACGUUAAGUGUUUAUACUACCCAUUGUGACCCAUGCAAUGUACAGAUUCAUAUGUGUUGAACCUUGCAGCUUAAAAUUAGUGCGUUGAUCCAUAUAUUAAUGUUUUUUUAACCAGAGCUACUCAUAUCUUGACCAUUUUGGUGUGCAAUAUGAGCCCUUAUUAAUGUCACUGGGACCACCAAUGAUCUAUUGUAAAUUUGCCUUCUGUCAUUAUGUUAGGGUAUUGUGUGAACUGGCAAAACAAUGUAUGGUAUUGGCUAAAAGGAAUCCUUUAAAAUUGUGUGUUUGUAUGUCUGUGUCUGUUUGUGCGUGUGUAUGUGUGUGCCUGCGUGUAUCCACAAAAUAGAAAAAAUUGGAUGCUACUGGAAAAUACUGUAUUUAAACUAUCGGUUUUGCUGCUUUUGGUUUUGUUCAGUUAUUCAUAUCUAAUUUAUUAUUGUAUUAUUUGCAAUACAUUCAUUGCAUACAGCCUUAUGAAAUAAUGGUAUAUCUGGCAUAUGACGAUAUUUUGUUAUUGUUUUUGACUGCAGUAUUUUGUAACAUCCCUGGGGGGGGUGUAGAGGAUAUGUAAUACAGUCUGGGAAGAAUGGUAAAAUCUGAGAUAAAGAACUUAGAAUGUGUUCAGCCUAGUAAAUUACCCCCCAGUGAACCUUCAACAGUAUUUGUUCAUGCACUUUUUAAGUUUUUCUGAGGAAUCCCAAUAAACAGUAGUGAUAGUAGUUUGCUAGAGCUAUUGGUUUAAAUGGGUUUAUUAGGUAGAAAAAAAAUUGUGAAAGCUAUCAUUUUAAAAUUUGAUAUUUUCGGAUCACUGCAUUAAAUUUUGAAUUUGUGUGGAUGUUAGCUGACUGUUGGGAGUAAGUUGCAUUGCCUAAUUAAAAAACUGUACGCUAAAUUCUUUGCAACAGUACCAUUGCUAAUUGCUAAGUACCAUUGCUAAUUGGCUGUCCAAUAAACCUAACUGUGGUCUAAAGCAACUAUUUUGAAAUAUCUUGGUUUUAAUUUUUUGGCUUGUAUUUUCUCCCAUAACAAUGUCUGCUGUACUUUCCUUUGCUUUUCUAAAUUGGUAACUACUGUCAUGUGUGUCUUAGCAAUAUUUUGACGUCACCUUGUUCCAUGCAAAAUAACUACAUUGCAGCAGGUCUCUAGGGCAGACUUUGCUUCUGUAAACCGCGCUCUGCACCUGCAAUCAUUUUGUGGCUCUGUGAUAUUGAUUUUGGGGGCCAUCUUGGAAAUGGUGACAGAACAGAAUGUAACAGGAUAUAAUAACAGAUAAUUCAGUCAAACAGGAAAUUAAGAAUAUGAUGUUUAAAUCCCAACCCAAUCAGUUAAGUUAGAUAAAUGAUGGUGUGGGCAUCAUUCAUUUCAUAAAUACUUCAUAUAAAUGGAUACAUAUUGAGGGUCUGGACUAACAGAUUGAAGUAACUAACAGAUUUGAAAUCUUCACGUAAAACUGUUCACGUCACCGUAAAAUCAGCUUCUCUCCCGUAAAUCUGGGCAUCCAUGACAGCGUCAUGCUAAAUAAACUGUAAAUAGUUCAGAGAUGCUAAUAAGAGUAAAACAAUCAUGCUGAAAAUAUGAACCUGCUUCUUUAGGACAUGUUUUGCCUGGCCGAUGUUCCAGAGACAGUUCCUUGAGGAACAGCGAAUGUGAAGAUUUAAACUGUUAGUAGUUCACAGUAGUUGUAAUUGGUAACUGUGUUCGCUAUACAAUAUGUGUACUAAGGUACAAGAACUGUCAAAUCUGUAUAGACAAAUAAAGGAAUUCAGCACUGUA